AUGGUGGCUGCCAUGCUCCGGGAGGGAGCUGACCCCAACCUGGUCCUGCCGGAGGAGGGCGUGGCCCCCAUGCACUUGGCUGCCGGCCUGGAGCAGGAGAAGGGGAUACGUGGCCUCCACCUCCUCCUCCAGCACGGGGGAGACCCCAACGUCAGGAGCUUCCUCCGUUCUGAGGGAAUGGGGGAGGAUGGAGGGAUUUAUAUCCCUUGCAGUCACCAUUUGCACUAUUCAGGUGGCCCUCAGGGCCCAGGGAGGCUGAGCCCCAUUCGCCAGGAGGUGCCACUGUCGCCGGGGGGCCGCCCCGCGAGCCUGAGUGCCACGGAGCCCGUGGAACACCUCUACGUGGACGAGGAAGAGGGCCAGACCCUCAUCGAACGGCACCUGCCCACCACGGACGACUCCGGGCCCAGCGGCUCCGAAGACACCCUCCCCCUCUGCGACUGGCGGGCGUGGGCCCGUCAGGAAGGGCAGCGGGGCAGGCAUGGCAACGGGGAAGGCGCCCCCUUGAACCCGGAGCACCUGACCGACCAAGCUCUGGCACGAAAGCUGCGGGAGUUGGGGGCCGACCCGGGGCCGGUGACCCCCCUCACACGGAGGCUGUACGUGCGGCUCUUGGAGAGGCUGAGCAGGGACCCUGAGACACCCGCCCGGAGGGGCUCUGCAGCCUACAGCCCGGAGCUGGACUCUGCCCUGCGCACCUACCGCAUCCCCCCCUCCAAAGCCGACGAGAUGGCUCUGGCCGCAGAGUUUGACCAGCCGGACAAGAGCCGGCGGUGGCGGGAGGGGCUGCUCAAGUCCAGCUUCAACUACCUGCUGCUGGACCCCAGGGUGACCCAGAACCUGCCCGCCCGCUGUCAGCUGCUCAGCUCGGCCGAGGCCUUCCGGACGUUCGUCCGUGCCAUCUUCUACGUGGGCAAGGGGACGCGCGGCAGGCCCUACCGCCACCUCUACGAAGCCUUGACCCACCACCGGGAGGGCCAGGGGAAGCCGGCAAGACAGGUCUCCUCCAAAGUCCAGCACAUCCUGGAGAUCUGGGCGGGGGGCCAGGGGGUCGUCUCCAUGCACUGCUUCCAGAACGUCGUUCCUGUGGAGGCUUACACCCGCGAGGCCUGCAUGGUGGACGCCAUCGGCCUGAAGAUGCUGACCAAUCAGAAGAAGGGGAAUUACUACGGCCUCGUGGCCGGCUGGCCGAUGAAACGCCGGAGGAACCUGGGGGUCUUUCUCCUCCACCGGGCUCUCCGGAUCUUCCUGGGCGAGGGCGAGCGGCAGCUGCGGCCUGCUGAUAUCUGAAGUGGCCCUUGAGCAGAGGGGCCCCUGGAGGGCCUCUUCCCCCCUCCCUCAAGCAGAACCUCUGGGCCUGGAGUUCUUCUGGGGGGCUCAAGCCAAUCCCUCCUUCACACAAUCCAGAAUCCCAGAUUCCGGAAUCGCUCAUCCCCAGCUCCUGCGCUGGACGCUGAGCGGAGAUGGAAGGCUGCACCCGUGUUCGGAAGUGAGUUGGGGUGACCUGCAGGAGCCCUGCUGGGUGCUGGCACGCCUGGUGUGGGCAGGGGUCCCAGUGGCGUCCAGUCACGUGGUGCGAGAGGGUCUCCUUCCGCAGAGUCACAGGGCGAUGCAGUGGUGGGGCUCAAGGACCUUCCCAAACAAGAGGGGAGCAGUCAUGGGCUCACCCCCCCAACCCUCCGUCCCUGGGGGACCCUGGGGAGGGGUCUUCCUGCACCUUAAGAAACGCCAGUCGCCUCUUCUCUUCUGGGAACGAAGGUGGGACCCUUUUUAUUGGGGGCAGCGGGGGCUUGUUUUAAACUGUGUUUUUAAAGAUUUCUCCUUUUGCCGCUCCCCUGGGACUGGGGGCAUUAAACGAGAUUAUUUUGGGAUGUGACGAGUGGAGCUGGAUUCCUUGGGUCCUUCUUGAA